GUCAGACACAGGGGCAGCCAGGGGAGCUAAGAAAGGCAAUUGGUGGACUCCAUAUCAUUUCCUUUUAUUUGAUUAUCGAUAUUCCUUCAGCUAUAGCUGCGUUCAUUUUUGUAGAAGCCCACAUACCAUGACUGAACAAUCGGCGCUGCUUCUUCGAAAACAAUUGGCAGAGCUCAACAAGAACCCCGUGGAAGGCUUUUCAGCCGGCCUGAUAGACGACGAUGAUAUCUACAAAUGGGAAGUUGUCAUCAUAGGCCCACAGGACACGCUUUUCGAAGGGGGAUUUUUUAAGGCAUACCUGACCUUUCCUUAUGAUUACCCAUUGCGGCCUCCAAAGAUGAAGUUUAUUACAGAAAUCUGGCAUCCCAACGUGGCGAAGAACGGAGAUGUGUGUAUCUCCAUCCUGCACGAGCCGGGGGAGGACAAGUUUGGCUACGAGAAGCCGGAGGAGAGAUGGCUGCCCAUCCACACAGUGGAGACCAUCAUGAUCAGCGUUAUCUCCAUGCUAGCCGACCCCAACAGUGACUCGCCUGCCAAUGUGGAUGCUGCGAAAGAGUGGAGGGAGGACCCUAACGGGGAGUUCAAGAGGAAGGUGGCUCGCUGUGUAAGGAAAAGCCAAGAAAUGGCGUUUGACUAAGCCUCCCAUUGCUGUUAUAUAACAUCCAGGCUAAAGGAAAUGGCUUCUUGAAGAAAAUCAAAGUCAUUCUUCAAAAAAAGGCUUUUUGCGCCAUUCUUUUGCUAGUUGGGGAUGCGAAACAACCAGGCAGCCAUUUUGGUUGUUUCUGAAAGGCUCUUGUGUUUCUGUGAGGAAUGAUUGUUGGAAGUGUACCAGCUAAGUAACUUUUGAUUUCCUACCUGGAAAGUGUAUAUUUAAUUUUAUUUAUUUUGAAGAUUAUAAUAAUGAUAAUAAUAAUGUAAGAUAUGUCACUACUGUAAAUGAACUUGCUUUUUUAUCAGCUGCUGA